CUUGCUUCCUUGAGACGGGAAGAAAUUAGGGUUAAAUGUUUUUUUUAACCGGGUGAAGUUUAAAGUGUAAAUUUGACUAAACCUGCAGGUUAAAUGUACGUUCUUGGUCCAUAUUAACUUUCACUGUUGUUUCACCUUUAGUAAUUUUCACGUAAUGGAUUUAUUUCUACCGUGAUUGAUUGAUGCGUGCCUAGUUAAUUUGGGCCACACUAUAAAUAAAUAAGGUUUAUUGUAAAGCACUUAAGUUAAGUACCAUACACCAAAUUAAACACUAUGAAGUCCCCUCAUGGCCAUCAUCAACCUCUCUUUCAUGCCUCGCUAGCUCUGGUGCGGGCAUUAUUGUUGCUCUUGUGUACUUCAUCAAGAAUAGGGGAAUGCACAAAGGGCGGGCAUAAUAACAAGAACGAGAAAAGAACGCCGCCACCAGCGGGAGUGUUGGAAUACUCAGGAAUAAGUUGCCGGAAACACACGGCGUACUUGACGGAUUUCGGGGGCGUAGGUGACGGAAAGACCCUAAAUACGGGGGCAUUCCAUAGAGCCGUAGCUAACCUAAGCAGGGUUGCUCCGGACCAUGGUGCCAUGCUUGUCGUGCCCCCCGGAAGAUGGCUCACUGCGCCGUUCUAUUUGACAAGUCAUUUCACCCUUUACCUCCACAAAGACGCCGUCAUUCUUGGCACUCCGGAUGAAUCACAAUAUCCACUCAUUUCACCACUGCCAUCUUACGGAAGGGGUAGAGAUGCUCCGGGAGAUAGGUUUACGAGUCUCAUCUUUGGAAAAAAUCUCACUGACGUUGUCAUCACUGGUGGGAAUGGGACAAUAAACGGACAGGGAGAGGUUUGGUGGGACAAGUAUCGAAAGAAGGAGCUGAAGAACACAAGGCCUUACCUCAUCGAGAUUAUGUAUUCCAACCAAAUCCAAAUCUCUAACCUCACCCUCCUCAACUCCCCCUCAUGGGUCGUCCAUCCUGUAUACAGCAGUGACAUUAUAAUUGAGCACUUGACAAUUCUUGCACCCAUUGAUUCCGAAAACACUGAUGGGAUCGACCCAGACUCAUGCGCAAAUGUAAGAAUAUGGGACAACUACAUUGUGUCCGGGGACGACUGCAUUGCAAUCAAGAGCGGCUGGGACGAAUACGGGAUCGCAUUCAACAUGCCAACCAAGCAAGUCUCCAUCAAGAGGCUCACUUGCGUCUCCCCCUUCAGCGCCACCAUUGCUCUCGGGAGCGAGAUGUCGGGCGGGAUCGAAGACGUCCGGGCCGACGACAUCACCGCCGUCAACACCGAGUCGGCCGUGAGGAUCAAAACGUCCCCCGGACGCGGAAGCUACGUCAGGGACAUCUACCUCGCCAACGCCCGGCUCCACACCAUGAAGUACGUCUUCUGGGUGACCGCAGAGUACAGCGAUCACCCCGACGACCGUUUCAACCCAAAUGCCAUGCCGACCGUACAGGGCAUCAACUUCAGAGAUGUCACCGCUGAAAACGUGACGGUCGCCGGAAAGCUCGUCGGGCUGAAGGGUCGCCCCUUCACCGGACUCUGCAUCUCCAAUGCCACCAUUGCCAUGCGUGUGGGCGAAUCCGCCGCAAAGGCACCCAAGCAGGCAUGGAACUGUACGGACGUCCGAGGUUUCCAGGGCGCAGUGACUCCUAAGCCGUGUGAUCAACUGGUUGAAAAGCCCCAUCUGGAGUGCAGAUUCCCCCGAGACAAACUUCCAAUCGAGAAUGCUCAACUCAGGACAUGUUCUCUCCCACUCCAUUAAAUUAAAUAAGAAAUAAAAGGGCACUAGUAUACGAGAUCAAUAAAUGUAUGAUAUGCAUCAUCAACUACUCUGUAAUCAAAUCGGUACACUCUGUAUCAAACACUCUACUAGGUUAUCAUUGUAAAACCUCUCUAUACUCUCUCCCUCCUAAAAAGAUCUUCAUGUUUCCUUUUUUGCACAUCCUAUAAAACACUUCUACACACAUUUAAAAUGCCUAAAAUUUACCACAUUUCUCAUUUAUUGUGGAUAGAAGUUGUUUUC